GGCUAAAAACUACUUCCGGCAAAGAAACAUGCAAUCGAGUUGAAGCGGACAAAGUGUUGAGAUGUAUUGAAAUGGUGAACACAAUCAAACAUUCGAUCUGCAUGGUUUUGCAAUCUUUUGUUAUUUCUGAAUGGCAGAAAGCCAAGUACGGUACCUUAGGGGCAUGCUGUUGUGCUGACAGAUACAGCUCAUCACUAUACUCCUGUGUUGAAGGAAUUGUCAGGGUAUUGGUAGUCUGAGGCUAUGUCGGGUGUAAUACCACCACCCCCUCCAGUACCAUCACCACCAACACCUUAUUGCUUUCCAGACCUACCAAAAUACAAUGGAUUUACAGAGAAGAAGACUCAGAAAGAGCUGCAGUUUCUAAUGGUUGGUGCAAUAGAGAGGGCCAACGUUCGGCAGCUAAAAGAACUUGUUGAUAAACGUGUUGACACCAAUGCAAAAAUUAUAUUGGUGAAAACCCCUCUGACUCAGGCGUUGGAACAGAAUGAAGUUUCGUACGGUAUUAUAGAAACUUUAUUAAAAGCUAAAGGUACUGACCCAAAUCUAGCAGACUUUACGCCACUGGGUUUAAGGCCAUUACAUAUUGUUGCAAAAGUGGGUCGAGUUGAACUGGCCAAACUGUUUUUGGAAGGGUGUAAGAAAUCAGAUUGUGAUAUCAAUGCAACGGAUAAAGGAGGAGCAACACCGUUACAUUUUGCUGCAAGGUACGGACAUGAUGAUAUGGUAAAUUAUCUGUUAGAAAAUUCUGCUGACAUGCUGAGAGCAGACAACUGUGGCAGAACUGCGUUGCACCGGGCAUGCGAAUUUCAGCAUCGAGAUAUAGCUCAGACUUUGAUAGAUAAAGGUAUUGAUGUGAAUAUAACCGACAACUAUGGAUGGACACCUUUAUUUCACAGUGUUUUCUUCAACAAUAACUCAGUGGUUGAGUUUUUAUUAGAAAAUGGUGCAAGAGUGGAUUUGCAUGACUUCUAUGGGAAAACUCUCUUGGAGCUGGUUGGCUACAAUAAGGUCUCACUGUUGCAUGAAGACAAUCUUCCGGUGAAAGUUGCAUUAGCUACGUCUUUCAAUUUCUACGAAAGGAGUCGGUCUAUUCCAUCAGAAGAGUUGCUAGACCUUAUUAGUGAUCUACAGCAGAGGUUUUUCCUGGAAGAUCAUGCAUGUUUCCAAAGUAUGAAGACGUUAAUCAAUGCAGGGGCUGAUCCGAAAGACUAUUCCACAGAUGAAAUUGCCUCUGAUACAUUUCGAAUUCAAGCAAAAAUCCGAGCUUACCUACUUCUUGCGGGCGCUAUGUUAGAUCCUGACGAUAUCUGGGUGACUGGAACAUUUUCAAAGAAUCCUGACUGGCGUGCAAAAUGGUUUAAACAUCAGAUUUGUGAGCAAAUAAGUCUCUUCCGACAGUGCCGCUACAAGAUACGACGUUAUUUAGCCCACACAAGAAACAUUGAUCUAGCAAUUGAAAACUUACCCAUACCUAAAGGUCUGAAAGAAAAGUUAAAACUGGACAAUGAUUUUGAAGGAUUUAUGCAGAUUGUCAAAGAAGGGCGUCAGUAAUUGUGUUAAAAUGAAAAGACAUUUGAAUAAGAGAUCAUGUUGUCAGAUGUGUUCCAUCUAUUGACAUUGCUGUUUAACAGCCUCAUUUGAACUUUCAUUCACUAGUAAUUGUAAGUCAAAGUAUAGAUACAGUUGUUCAGUGGCUUUUAUGUAGAAUUUUGUUAUUCAUUCUUUAAAAUAGUUUGGAAAGAAAACUGUCUACUGAUACAAUCAGGCAAGAAACAGCUAAAUUUUUAGCUCGACUACUCGAAGAAUAAAUAGAGCUAUCCUACUCACCACGGCGUCGGUGUCGGUGUCGGCGUCGGCGUCACACCCUGGUUAAGUUUUUUGUACCAGUCCACUUUUUGACAAAGUCUUUUGAGAUAAAGCUUUGAAACUUUCAACACUUGUUUAACAUCACCAUGUCCAGUUGUAGGCAAGAGUACAUAACUCUGUCAAGCAUUUUGACUGAAUUAUGGCCCCUUUUGACUUAGAAAUCUUGGUUAAGUUUUUCGUACCAGUUCAUAUUUUGUGUAUAGUGUUUGACAUAUGGCUUUGAAACUUUUAUAACUUGUUCAUUAUAAUAGUAUCUAUCAGUAGACAAGAGUACAUAACUCUGUCAUCUAUUUUGGCUGAAUUAUGACCCUUUUUGGAUUUGGAAAUUGGUUCUGUUUUCGUACAUGUCCACGUUUUGUCAAAAUUAUUUGAAAUACGUCUUUUAAACUUUAAACACUUAUUAUGUCUCCCCCAGGAGACAUAUUGUUUUUGCCCUGUCCGUCCGUCCGUCCGUACGUCACACUUCAUUUCCGAGCAAUAACUGGAGAACCAUUUGACCUAAAACCUUCAAACUUCAUAGGGUUGUAGGGCUGCUGGAGUAGACGACCCCUAUUGUUUUUGGGGUCACUCCAUCAAAGGUCAAGGUCACAGGGGCCUGAACAUUGAAAACCAUUUCGGAUCAAUAACUAGAGAACCACUUGACCCAGAAUGUUGAAACUUCAUAGGAUGAUUGGUCAUGAAGAGUAGAUGACCCCUAUUGGUUUUGGGGUCACUCCGUCAAAGGUCAAGGUCACAGGGGCCUGAACAUUGAAAACCAUUUCCGAUCAAUAACUAGAGAACCACUUGACCCAGAAUGUUAAAACUUCAUAGGAUGAUUGGUCAUGCAGAGUAGAUGACCCCUAACAAUUUUGGGAUCACUCCGUCAAAGGUCAAGGUCACAGGGGCCAGAACAUUGAAAACCAUUUCCGGUCAAUAACUUGAGAACCACUUGACCCAGAAUGAUGAAACUUCAUAGGAUGAUUGGUCAUGCAGAGUAGAUGACCCCUAACGAUUUCAGGGUCACUCUGUUAAAGGUCAAGGCCACAGGGGCCUGAACAUGGAAAACCAUUUCCAAUCAAUAACUUGAGAACCUCUCGACCCAGAAUGUUGAAACUUCAUAGGAUGAUUGUUCAUGCAGAAUAAAUGACCCCUAUUGUUUUUGGGGUCACUCCGUUAAAGGUCAAGGUCACAGGGGCCUGAACAUUGAUAACCAUUUCCAGUCAAUAACUUGAGAACCACUUGACCCAGAAUGUUGAAACUUCAUAGGAUGAUUGAACAUGCAGAGUAGAUGACCCCUAUUGAUUUUGGGGUCAGUCUAUUAAAGGUCAAGGUCACAGUGGCCUGUUCAUGUAAAAUCAUUUUUUGGAAAUAACUUGAGAACCACUUGACCUAUAAUGUUGAAACUUUAUAGGAUGAUUGGACAUGCAGAGUAGAUGACCCCUAUUUAUUUUGAGGUCAUUUGAUCAAAGGUCACGGUCACAGGAGCCUGAACAGUGACUUGAGAACCACUAGGCCAAGAGUGUUGAAAUUUAGCGGGAUGACUGGACAUGCCAAGUAGAUGAUCCCUAUUGCAGCCAACCAUCAGUGUCUCGUUGACUUUCGCUCCUGACCCCUAUUGACUUCUUGCCUAUAGGACUUUGCAUUGGGGGAGACAUGCGCUUUUUUACAAAAGCAUUUUCUAGUUUAUCAUCAUGAUUUCCAUCUGUAGGCAAGAGUACAUAACUCUGACAACUAUUUUGGCUGAAUUAUGGCCCUUUUUGAACUUUGAAAUUUGUUCAGGUUUUCUAACAAGUCAGCGUUUUUUUUCAAAACUAUUAGAUCUGUGUCUUUGAAACUUUUAACACUAGUUUAUCAACAUGAUUUCCAUUUUUAGGCGAGAGUACAUAACUCUGUCAACUAUUUUGACUGAAUUAUAGUCCUUUUUGGACUUGGAAAUUUUGAAAUACGUCUUUUAAACUUUAAACACUUAUUAUGUCUCCCCCAGGAGACAUAUUGGUUUUGCCCUGUCCGUCCGUCCGUCCGUACGUACGUCACACUUCAUUUCCGAGCAAUAACUGGAGAACCAUUUGACCUAAAACCUUCAAACUUCAUAGGGUUGUAGGGCUGCUGGAGUAGACGACCCCUAUUGUUUUUGGGGUCACUCCAUCAAAGGUCAAGGUCACAGGGGCCUGAACAUUGAAAACCAUUUCGGAUCAAUAACUAGAGAACCACUUGACCCAGAAUGUUGAAACUUCAUAGGAUGAUUGGUCAUGAAGAGUAGAUGACCCCUAUUGGUAUUGGGGUCACUCCGUCAAAGGUCAAGGUCACAGGGGCCUGAACAUUGAAAACCAUUUCCGAUCAAUAACUAGAGAACCACUUGACCCAGAAUGUUGAAACUUCAUAGGAUGAUUGGUCAUGCAGAGUAGAUGACCCCUAACAAUUUUGGGAUCACUCCGUCAAAGGUCAAGGUCACAGGGGCCAGAACAUUGAAAACCAUUUCCGGUCAAUAACUUGAGAACCACUUGACCCAGAAUGAUGAAACUUCAUAGGAUGAUUGGUCAUGCAGAGUAGAUGACCCCUAACGAUUUCAGGGUCACUCUGUUAAAGGUCAAGGCCACAGGGGCCUGAACAUGGAAAACCAUUUCCAAUCAAUAACUUGAGAACCUCUCGACCCAGAAUGUUGAAACUUCAUAGGAUGAUUGUUCAUGCAGAAUAAAUGACCCCUAUUGUUUUUGGGGUCACUCCGUUAAAGGUCAAGGUCACAGGGGCUUGAACAUUGAUAACCAUUUCCAAUCAAUAACUUGAGAACCACUUGACCCAGAAUGUUGAAACUUCAUAGGAUGAUUGAACAUGCAGAGUAGAUGACCCCUAUUGAUUUUGGGGUCAGUCUAUUAAAGGUCAAGGUCACAGUGGCCUGUUCAUGUAAAAUCAUUUUUUGGAAAUAACUUGAGAACCACUUGACCUACAUUGUUGAAACUUAAUAGGAUGAUUGGACAUGCAGAGUAGAUGACCCCUAUUUAUUUUGAGGUCAUUUGAUCAAAGGUCACGGUCACAGGAGCCUGAACAGUGACUUGAGAACCACUAGGCCAAGAGUGUUGAAAUUUAGCGGGAUGACUGGACAUGCCAAGUAGAUGAUCCCUAUUGCAGCCAACCAUCAGUGUCUCUUUGACUUUCGCUCCUGACCCCUAUUGACUUCUUGCCUAUAGGACUUUGCAUUGGGGGAGACAUGCGCUUUUUUACAAAAGCAUUUUCUAGUUUAUCAUCAUGAUUUCCAUCUGUAGGCAAGAGUACAUAACUCUGACAACUAUUUUGGCUGAAUUAUGGCCCUUUUUGAACUUUGAAAUUUGUUCAGGUUUUCUAACAAGUCAGCGUUUUUUUUCAAAACUAUUAGAUCUGUGUCUUUGAAACUUUUAACACUAGUUUAUCAACAUGAUUUCCAUUUUUAGGCGAGAGUACAUAACUCUGUCAACUAUUUUGACUGAAUUAUAGUCCCUUUUGGACUUGGAAAUUUCUUAAAUUUUUCAUACAAGUCCAUAUUUUGCCUAACAUAUAUCAAACAUACUUGCCAUCAUGGUCACACAUUGCCAUUUAGUGGAAGACUAAUCAAAAUUCACAAGUACAGGAACAUUUUUGUGUUUAAUCCAUUUUUUCUUUUUUCUGAAAAUCUAUGGUAAUAUUUUGACCCCAUUCUUCAAUCAGUUUUUCGAAUAGUCGAGCGCUGUCAUCUGACAGCUCUUGUUUAAAGUCAAACUAAAGAUAAAAUUGACUGUCGAUUUUCUGCUGGGCUAUUUGAAAUGUUUUAUAUAGUCACCAUUUCGUCGGCGUUGGUGUCACAAAAGUUGUGCUUAUAAGCUUGUUUUUU